AUGUGGGAUGUAAACCGAGGUGAGGGUCACAGUGACUGAUAUGGGUGUUCCUGCAAAUUAGAGAUGUUACAAUGCCUUGACAUCACUUUGGACAUGUCCACAUGUUAUGGUGUUAAUUGGAAUUAAAAUGAAUUAUAUUGAGGUUUUUACCAUAUGCCAAUUAAAUAAAACAAAUCGGUCAAUUUGGCUCGAUGUAUCCUCACGUACCGCUUCUAAUAAAUGUGGCAUCUAUAAGCUACCAAUGAACAUAAAAAGAAAAAAAAUAGAAACAUAGAAUGUGACGGCAGAUAAGAACCAUUCGGCUCAUCUAGUCUGCCAAAAAAAACACGUCAUUGAAGUAUUCUUUCAUUUGGUCACAAAAGGGCCUUUUUUGUGACCAAAUGGGAUUCUUUUGUGACCAAAAGGGACCAAAAAACUAUAUUUUUAAGGGCCUCUUUUUACAUAUACUUAUUGGGGUUUCCAUACUGUUAGAAAAGUUUCCUUCUGAAGUCACCAUUAAAGUCUAUGGGAAUGUUUGUAGAUAAAUCAUUUAUAUUAUUUUUCUCACAGUACUGAAUGAUUUUGAAAGCUUAUUACGGUAAAUUGAGGCUUUGUUAUUACAGGCAUGCUGGUAAAGGAGAGGGAUGAUAUAUGUUUGAUUUUGGGUGAUGCACUGACAAUCUCUGUGCCCAAGAUGCCCACAGCUAGCUGGAAAUCUUAUCUGAAUUUUAUAAAAACUGCUGAAGAGAUUAAAAAAUAAUCAACACAUGGUUUUUAGAAGAUAAAUAAUGGUGCAAAGACUUUCUGAUGACAGAGAUAGAUUUUAAAGAUGAUAUUGUGUGCUCAAGGGUUAAACGUUGUGUAAACCACAUUAAUUUGUAUUUUUUUUGCCAAUCCUCCCCAUUGGGAACAUGUUUGUUGAUUGUUAUCAUAUAUUAUGCAGCUUUCAGCUAAUUAGUUGCGCAUGAUGCAAUUAUCCACUUGCUGUUAAACUUGUCUAUGCAUUAUUAUUUUUUUUCUAAUAAUUCUUCUUGUAUUGCCUAUUUAUAAAGCUCCAGCAAUGUCUGCUUCGUAGGAUGUGCAAAGUCUGAUUUAGGUUUUGUUUUGACUAAUUGACUCAUUUUAUAAUUGCAUUCCCUUUUGCCAUUGUUAGCAUCCAUUAGAGUAUUUGUGAACAACUAAGAUAAAAAUGGGUAAUGACGUACUGCAAGGUCUGGAUCUGUAAUAAAAGGGCUUUAAUAACUAUUUAUUUAAAAAGUUAGGACAAAAUAGACAUUUGCGUAUAGACUGUUGUUCAGUGGUAAUUCAAAUAAAAUGAUAUAAAGAUAGAGAUUAUAUUCAAUAUUCAGAAUUUACGUAAUUUCCUUUACAAGAGGUAAAUAACAAAGAAGUAAUUACAGUCAGAAAAGUUAGCAAAGACAAACAAAUGUCAAUUUUCUUAUUUGAUGCAAAUUUGAGACAUUCAAAUACUGAUGCUUGUUUCUGAAGGAUCUGUUAUUUUAAGGAAUGUUAAUUCCCAAAAUACCAUCAGAAUUUAAACAUUGUUACUGUAUUUGGAAAUAAUGCCCAUUUAUAGUAAAUACAAAAUCCAGAAAUCAUGAUUUCAAAUGGUACUACAGGAUACUUGUGCAGGCUGCAUAUAUAGCCUGAUGUAUUCUUGAAUAACAUUCUCCCUCCUUCCUUGUCUGCUGUUCACCAGUCAGCACUAAGGAGAUUUGAUCUAAACAGGCCCCUACACAGUGCAGAAGAGUGUGACUUAAAGGGACACUCCAGACUCCUAAAGCACUUUAGCUUGCUGAAAAGAUUUAUGUGUGAAGAGUGUCCUAUUUUUUCAUUUUGGAAAAAGUGCAGAUUCCAAUAGAAAUUGACACUUUAAUAAAUUAUACUGCUUGCAAAGACUUCUCAUUGAGCUGCAUUGGGAAGUCUGUGAUUGGACAGCCACUGAAAGUCUGGGUGGGGUUAGAAGAGGAGGGCUUGCAGAGGUAGCAGACAAGAGAUCUGCAGUUUUUUGCAAGCUAUUUUUAGAUAUGACUAUAAUGAAAAAUACAUACUUAAACGCAUGCAAGUUUUCAUUUGGAGUGUAUCUACUAAACAGUGAUUUUUAUGAAUUUUGUACUUGGGCAGUGGAGUGUCUCUUUAAAUUAAAAUCCCCAAGUUCCUGUUUGUUCUUUCAACACUUGGUAUCACACAGCAGAUACAAUCACUAAGUCACCUACUGUAAUGGACUCAUGUGCUCUACUCGGUUGCACUUCAAUGACUCUUUAAAAAGAAUCAAAUUUCUACAUGUGUAUAGAAAGUCAGUUAUUCACUAAGUAUCACCUUAUUCUCUAAAGCGCUCCGUGCUAGGCCUCUUGUUUAAGGCCAGAAGAUCUAAUGGGCUUCUCCUGUUGUACCAGAUAAGCCGUCAUCACUAGCCAAAGAGUAAAUUCCAACGAUCCCACCAUUCACAAACCUCGUGUGCAGUGAGGUUUUUGCCAGAAAUAAUGAAGAGUCCCAAUCUGGCCAUCUCCAAACUUGUAGGGUCAUGGCAGCUAGCCAAUUGAGUGGUAACAGCAAAGAAUGGUACAAAUGUUCAUAAAUCUCAUGACAACUUAGGUCCCCCGUGUGGGAAGAGGGAAGUUUACUAGCCUUUUAUUACAAGAAGAAAACAGCCACAUUAAUGCAAAAAUAGCAAAUUUAAAAAAUAUCAUUAUCUGCCCAUGGAAAGGGGUUCUGUAAAUGUGUUCUCUAAUCAAAAAAUGAGCACCAAAAAAUAAUAAAAUAAACCAAUCAGGAACCAGUAUUUGUGCCAUUAAUGAUCAACGCUGUGAGGAAACCAGUGACUUAGUUUGGUGUUUUGAGUAGCCUGUGAGAAUAUUUUGAUUGAAUUUGAUGCCAUCCUCCACGUUUCAGUAACAUGCCAUUAAAUGCUUGUUAUUUCUCUUUCAUUUCUAGUGCCUUCCUUCUGGGGAUUGGUAAAUUCUGCCUGGAAUCUCUGUGCGGUUGGAAAGAGACAGUCUCCGGUCAACAUAGAAACCAGCCAUAUGAUCUUCGACCCCUUCUUAACGCCUUUGCGCAUCAACACAGGUGGACGUAAGGUAAGAAUUUCUUUGCACCCUUUCUUAUUCUCCUGUAAUGCUGGAGAAGUUGUGUUUCUGUGUAAAUUCAUCGCAACUAGUGUUUUUAUACAUUGUUUAUAUAUAGAUACUGCUACUUUACGCCAGCCAUAAGUACUGGUGGCAUUCUCGCAUGAGCAUCUGUCCAAAACAUUUGCAUUAAUUGGCGUCAGUUUCUUCCAUUUAUAAACAGGAGACCGUGCAGAAACCAGCAAUAAAUAAAACAUUGACUAUAAAGUACAUAUAUUAUUCACUUGUGAAUUUCUAGAAAAUUAAUACUAAAUAGCACGUCGUGGUGGGUUACUGUGCUUCGAGCACUCUAUUAAAAGGAUACUAUAGUCACCAAAACAACUUUAGCCCUUGCCACACCUUCCCUGGCUGUGACUAACACAGCCUGCAUUAAAAAAUAUAUUGUUUCAAUUUCAAUCAGAUGUUAACUUAAUUUAGAAGUUUUUAUCUUCUGCUCUGUAAAUUGAAGAGAACAGGAGAUAAAAUAAAUAAUCUAGAUUAAACAGGCUUUGCAAUAAGGAAGUGUACAUUUUAGAUCUUUCUUUUCAGGAAUUGUUAGGAAGGUCUUGGACUACGGCUUUAUAAAAGGGCAGAAUAGAUGGGCCGAAUGGUUCUUAUCUGCCGUCACAUUCUAUGUUUCUGUGUUUCUAUAAAAAGUAAUGUAUCUCCUAAAUGGCAGAGAAUCAAGCAGUGAGACUACAGGGGUAUGAUCUAUACACCAAAACUGCAUAAUUGAGCUAAAGUUUUGGUGCCUAUCAUAUGUUUAUAGUGUAUGAAUCCCUUCAUUGAAAAUAAGUCUGUUAGCAAUAUGAAAGGGUUUGGGCACAGCUAGCCCAAUAACUAACCACAGGAAGCCCUUUCACUGGCAGGAUGAGGAACUGUGAUUCACAGAGAAUUAAAGGUCCCACUUAUAAAUUUACCUUAAAGAUCAACGCAUUGAAAACUUUAUCAAUACGAUAGUACAUUUUUAAGAAAUUAAAUUAAAAGGUAAUCCUGUGUUAGAAAUAUUUUUCUAUAAACCUUUAAAUCUGACAUUUCAUUAAAAAUUCUAGUCCGUAUCUGGUAACAUAGUAACAGAAAAUCAGAUUAGCAUGCUCCCUCCAUCUGUGCAGAUUUAUGAUUCCUAAAACAAAAAGCUACAGUUGAAAGGGGUGGAACUGGCAAUCAAAAAAUCAAAUACAAAGUAUCCCUUGAUUAUACACCCAGUGGCUAUUGUACUAAUAUUAUGAUCUUAUGUGUUUGGUAAUUAAUACAAAAUGAAUAUAAUUAUGCAUUUUAUCCAUUUUCUAAAUGAAUGCUUAAUAAGUCUCUUAGUGUAACCUGUUUUAAGAAUGACUGGUAAGAGCUAGAGACAGUUUUAAAGCCUUUUACAACGUAUGAAAUAGUUUUCAGAACAAAAAACGGAGAUCUGGAAAGUGGUUUUGGUUGAUACAUAAAAGUAAAUUGUGUAUAUACAAUGUGCUGUCCUUUACGUGUUUCAAAGUCUGGGUUUUGAUAGUUCGAACACUGACAGUCUCCUUGACCGUCUCAGCCAAUCCAAUGCUUUUCUAUGGGAAAGCAUUGUGAUCGGCUGAGGUCAUAACUUCUGAUGAUGUCAGCCAAGUAGGCAGAUCAGGGGCAGAGCCAGCAGCAGCAGACAUGAAAAAAAGUAAGAUUUUACUAUAUUUAGGGGGCCUAGGAAGGGAAGGGAGCUAGAUGGUGUUUUUAACAAUAUAGUGUCAGAAAUACAUGUUUUUGUUCCUGACCCUAUAGUGUUCAUUUAAUAGGACACUUCAGGCACCAAAGUGACUUGUCCUUUUUAUAGCUUUUGCUCCAAAUAAUUGCUUGUAUUUUCUGCACACUCAAUUUUAUAUAGUUUUUGCAGUAAAUUAAUUAUUUUUCUCCAUUCUGCAUCUUACCUCCUUCCUAACAGUGUGCAGCUUUCUUUCUGUCCUCUCUGCUAACUUGCAGUGUCCAAUAACUAAAUUGUACAAGUUAUUAGGAAGACAGUGAAAUGAUAACGUAGUGCUUAAAAAUCCAUAUAGCAAAUAAACAAAUGAGCAAAAUUCAGCUUAUUAAAGUAUCAAAAUACACGUGAAGAUCAACUCUCAAAACACUCUUAAAGAGCCUGUGCAAAAUAUAUUAAUUUGUGUAUGUCCUUAAUAAAUAUAUUCAAAAAUGUGUUCAAUAUACUUCUGAAAUCUUCUAAAGUGCUUAGUGUACUUUUCAAAGAAUUUUUUUUUGCAAAUCAGCAAACCCAUCAAUUUCAAAUAUAUCAGCCGUGAUUAAAGUGCAAAUGAUGAAAUAAAUAUUUGUGCCAAUAUCAAACUUUUGAAUACUUAGCAGCAGUUUAAAGUUCUUUGGAUGGUAAAUACCUCGAGAAAAUAAAAACAGAAAAAACAAAGCAAUGGUGAAGACUGUUUAUAAAAAAUAUUAGAAACAAAUAUCUCCCCAGUGAAUCCCUUUGGACCUCCACUCACAUUUACUAGAGCCUCACACUUGGCUCUAGUUUAUACGCCUUGGAGUAAUUUUUUGGGGGACUACUUCAUCUUGUCUCAAGUGAUGUCCGCCUCCGUGAAUAAGACAGAUAAAACACAAUGUAGUGCAAUAUAUCCAUACAAUAUGGCAGAGUAGAAAAUUAUAUAAAAAAAUGACCACUCCCGUGAUUAUAGAGCCUUUUAAUAGGCUCUAUUUUAUUCGCAGUGUGCCUACUUGUGAGGGGGACGCCACCCUUAGGAUUUCAAUAGAUGCAAUUUUCCAGAUCCGGAUGUAGGUAAAAAUGUUUUAUUUAAUCCGAUAAUUUCAAAAGUUUACUCCAUUCUUGUAAAAUUAUCAUCAAUCAAUAAACCAAAGUCCACAGGGGAAUCUUACUUCAUAAAAAUGCGUUUCGCCUAAUACAAGGCUUCCUCGGUUCAUCUGUAUGAUCCCGGUGAGUAUUGUCCCUUUUAUACAUUCCGUGUGUGUGGCUUGCUUCUGGUUUCAGUGUGUGUUCCACGCCUCUCUCCCUUUAUAUGGGUAAUGUGUUCCAAGCCUCCAUUUUGUUCUCGGCUGAGCUCUGACUCUUAUUAUUACUAUAACUAUUUACAAAGCUCCUCAACAAUAGUUGGACGGAAAAAAAUAGUUGCAACAAGACACGGACGUACAAGAACACAAUUUAUUGAGGGUUCUGCUCAAACAACCUUCUAUUCAUAUCUAAUUUCUACAAACAGAAAUGGAAGUAGAACUGAUCUAUUAUAGAUGUAGUAUUAAGAUUGUGGAAUUCUUAUGGGUCACUCGACAACAUUGUCCGUGGUUCUGAUUGUUAGCUUCUAAACCAAGCUGCCUUUGAUUUUUAGACACCUUCUCCCAUUGCUGCUCCAUUUGUUUCUGUCACACAUCUAGUAAAUAGACGUACACUGUGUGGGCAUUUUUACUAUGUGUGAUUUUCCCGUACUUAUGAUGAAAUACAAAGUGGAGGGGGUGGAUUAAAUUAAAUCUUAAACUUUUAGUGACAAAGUGUCAGCAUAAAAAUGGUAAUGGAUGUCUGCAUUAUAAAACUAGAAUAUUGCUGUUAAAAUAAAAAUUUUAAUAAUUAGCAAACAGACACAUUUUGGGAUGAAGAUCUGGGCGUUAGAGACAAUUCUGAAUUAUCUUUAUUUUAACCAGCAGCAGUUUUGGGCAUUUAAUAUGUAGAUCAAGCGGUGUACACCACCAGGGUGUAGAGAGUGAGGAAAGCGUAUCGACCAAAGUAUAUUGUUAGGAGAAGAAUAGUUAGCAGUACCUGCUUGUUAACCCUUCCUCUCCCACCAUGACAUCUUCCCAUGUUAAAAGCUCAUCACGAUCUGGCCUUCAAGGCUUGCUUUGAGUCUUGUGAGCAACAGAGAAUCAUUGCCAAAUCAUUAUUAAUUUCUAAUUGGGGAAGACACACCUCCCUGACUGUCACUGGUAUCUGGGUAGAUUGUCUUCUAAUAUCAUUAGUUCUGUGGAGCUAACAGAAGCGGCCGGUGUGCUGGGCUAGCAUGUGUCUGCCUUCCCUGCUUCUCAAUGAGCUGCAUUAUGGCUAACUGACAAGCACAAGAAGAAUGUGAUUAUGUGAUUUUCAAUGCAAUGCCUCUGACUGUAGUAUUUUCCAUCAAUGUGCCUGUAUAUUAGUGACAUAUUAGGAAGCAUUUAGAUUUGGCUAGGAAAUAAGAACUUGACAUUAAUUUGAUAUGUAUCUUCUCUUUUCCCCAGGUGGGAGGUACAAUGUACAAUACAGGAAGGCAUGUGUCACUAAGGCUGGACAAAGAACAUUUAGUAAAUGUAUCCGGGGGGCCACUAACUUAUAGCCAUCGCUUAGAAGAAAUCAGGCUACAUUUUGGGAGUGAAGACGGACAAGGUUCGGAGCAUCUUCUUAAUGGACAAGCUUUUUCAGGAGAGGUAAGGCGACACGUUGUUUGCCAUUAAUGGUGGAUGAAUUCUUAAUCUAUUGUACCUGCUUAUCCAACUCAGGUCUCAUUUUUGAAUUAACCCUAUGUAUAAACCUUGGCUCUAUUACAUCAGGGACCACAAACUCUAUCCACGCCUUCCCGCCCCCCUCCGCCAUGUUAAAAAAAAAUGCAAAAUGAAAGUGUUUAACUUGAAAUGUUUGUAGUUCAACAGAUUAUUAUUAUUAUUAUUAUUAUCAACAUAUUCCGCAGCGCUGAUAAGGCUAUGGGCCAUGAUACCCCUGAAUCUGUCUUCCAUUAAGUCCUGGAUUCCAGUCAGGGACCAUUUAACUAUAAGGUACCUUCUGGUUAGAGAGGGGGCUUGUUAUUAAUCCCCAUAUCUCUGCAAUGAAAGGGACAAUAUAACAAAAACAACCUUCAUAUGAAAUAGGACAAUAUUGUCUCUCAAAUAGAGGUACUUUUGGGUGUAAUGCAGCCCCUGAAAAGGAUGAGUAACUGAGAUCCUCAGACCUUGUAGGUACACUUAUCUUGCUUGGCAAACCCUUGUUUGAAAGAAGACGUGGGCCUCUCACCAACGUGGACUCUAGGAGUAACUGACUCAAAGAUCUAAGUUUUAAUCAGUUAGCGUUAUGUGAUCACUAUUACCACUGCAAUCUCCCCUACAGAGUAUCUACAAAACUACCAUUUUAAAAUAUGCUGGGCAUCUUUUAAAGUAACACUCUAGUGAAACUAAAUUUCAACAAUUUAGUAGACAUGAUUCCAAAGAAAAUAUGUAUUUAUUUAUUUAUUUUUUCUGCAUGCUUUCUUUGUGGGUAUAUGAAAAAAACAACUGAUAAAGGCUGCAGACCUGCAAGGUGUCAAUUUCUUGAAAUUGGCACUUUUAUAAACUGUCCCUGUGAAGGAAUAGCCCCAUCACUUCUCUCGGUUGAUUUUGUGGAUUUAUAUUCCCUUGUAUUCUGACUCGUUUUACUUAGUUCGUGGGAUUUUCCUGUUGGUUCGGGAGUAUGGGCAAUUAAACCCCAGGGUGCGAAUCACAGCCAAGAAAGGCAAUAUCGCUCACCACUUUCUCAGGGGAUAAGGAAUUCAUCCAUUUUUCGAUCAGGGUUUCCAUGUAACUGCCGGAAAACUGUGUGUUUUCUUUCUGCUGCUUAAGCCGGAUGAGGCGUGACCACCCGUGAUGCUUGUUAAGCCCUGUUGACACCUUGUAACGGUUCUCACCGCAGUGUUCUAAUUGUUUGUUUGGGUUUACACUACCGAAGUUGACUGACUGCUACCAUUUUUCUCAUGGAACUAAUUUGGGCAGGAGCCUCGUGUGCGGUCGGCCAAAAAAGUGACUUCCAUGGAACUCCCCAACUACUGAACCGAUCUGGGUGAUUUUUGGAAAUGUUGGUCACCCAGAUCGGGACUAUCCAGGGAUCUAACUUUUGUGGGAUUUUCAUGUAUUUGGGGGGUAUUUUUGGGGUGUCUGUAAAUUAUGUGUUUUUCUGUACUUGAAGAUAAAUGAGUUUGUACAGUUACUGACUCAAUUAUCUCCCAGGUACAAGGGAGGGAUUACCAUGCUGUUUUGUGUAAGAAACCGCUUGCAUGGGCUUUGUCAUAAAAGGCCAUGUGUGGCCCUGAAUAAAACAGUCUUUUCCCAGCAUUAAGCCUUUGCUCAUGUGUGGGGGACUUGCAAAACGGGCAAUAUUUUUACUUCAGGAUUAUUGGCGUUAUUUUAUUUGGGGAAAAGGGAAUCCGUGGCGGUGAUACCUUGCCAGACUGCCACAGUCCCAAAUAUGACAGACUCUAGACACAUAGCAAGCUGAAGUACUGUGUGUGUGUUCCUUUAAUUAAAUGUUUAUGGGUAAGGAUAUAUUGCUAAUAUUUGCUGAAUAAUCACUAUACAUGGCAGAGGAUAUUUACACGUGUAUAAAUUAAAAAUACAAAGAGUUCAAUUAUAUUUUAAGCAGGUUAUUUUUAUGCAAUUUUGUUUUUCUCUCGCCAAAUGGAGCGCGGUGGCGGUUUAAAAACUUGAUUUGAUGUCGGAUUCUAUAAAUGUUUGCAUUGUUUAAAGAGCAUAUUUUAGAAGGAGUGCAAGAAUAUAAAAUGGCUUAUGGUUUAUGGUGAAAUCUUUAUGAUUAUUUUGUCAUCCUAAACAUUUUCUGUAUCUUUUUGCUCUACCAUUUUCUGCAAUAUUUGUUAGAAUUUAAUGAGGAUUAUAAAUAGUGAAAGCCACACGUAGCUAAGUAUCCCCUAGCUGAAAUUGGUAUGUUAUGCGGUUUUUAAAAAUGUAUAUCAGUAACUGGUUAUAGAUAUUGUUCUUUUUCAUUAUGAGUUUGAAUGGCAACAUAAAUCAAAGCAAAAAAUAAAUGCCUGUUUCUACUGGAAGAUUCUAACGUAUUCCCUCUGUUAGUUGUUUUCGAACUGUGAACUAAACUAUAAAACUACACGAAUACAUUGUAAUUCUUUUUUUUGCAUUCUAAGAGACAUUGCUUUGCACAUAAUGGGGUAAUGAAAAGCAAAGUUUGUAUUGUCGUAGAGCAAAGUCUGCUGAUAAAAAAACAACUUCAUUUGAGGGAUACGUCGGAGAACCGGCACUGAUAAUUGUCUUUUACCAAAGACAACAAAGAAAUGCUAAAUUCUCAUCAAAGAAUCGCUACAAAGCUCAGAAAGGCUCAGCAACUAAGGGGUUAAACUAACAGUGGAUCCUGUGUGAUACAGAGACUAGUGUUUCUCCUAUGGAGACACUCACAUUUUGUGCUGUCAUUUAACCCCUUAAGGACCAAACUUCUGGAAUAAAAGGGAAUCAUGACAUGUCACACAUGUCGUGUCCUUAAGGGAUUAAAGUUGUAUUUGAAUUUUUAAUAAUCCCUAUCUGAGUGGACAGGGGGUGAAGAUUUAAUCAUUUGAACACACUGAUUAAGUAAACUAAAAUAUUUUUACUAACAGGGUAAGAUAAUGCAGCCCAUUGUCAUUAUUUAUUUGAGGAAGUGAAGGAGUAGGUAGGUGCAUUGCUUUUUAUCGAUAUUGCAGGAAUAUUAAAGGGCCGGAUUAAAGGACCACCAUAGGCACCCAGACCACUUCAGCUCAAUGAAGUGGUCUGGGUGCCAGGUCCCUCUAGGGUUAACCCUGCCUGCUGUAAACAUAGCAGUUUCACAGAAACUGCUAUGUUUACACAAGGGUUAAUCCAGCCUCAUAGGCGUGCGCAGCCUAUUGCAUUACGGUGUGCACCCUAAAGCACAAGCACACGCCGCAUAUAUAUAUGUAUGUAUGUAUAUAUAUGUGUGUGUAUAUAUACUGCUGUGUGUGUGUGCUGUGUGAUGUGUGUGUGACAGUGCUGGUAGUGUGCUAUGUGGGUGAGUGUUUUUUUGUGUGCGGGCUUGUGAGGGUGCUGUUUGUGUGUGCGCUUGUGAGGGUGCUGUUAAUGUACUGUGUGUGAGGGUGCUGUUUGUGUGUGAGGGUACUGGUAGUGUGCUGUGUGUGUGUUUGUUAGGGUCCUGUUUGUGUUUGUGAGGGUACUGUUAGUGUGCUGUGUGUGUGUGAGGGUGCUGUUUGUGUGCUGUGUGUAAGGGUGCUGUGUUUGUUUGUGAGGGUGCUGUAUGUGUGUGUGGGUGCUGUAUGUGUGUUUGUGCUGUAUGUGUGUGGGUGCUGUAUGUCUAUGGGUGCUGUAUGUGUGUUGGUGCUGUGUAUGUCUGUGGGUGCUGUAUGUGUGUAGGUGUUGUGUAUGUCUGUGGGUGCUGUAUGUCUGUGGGUGCUGUAUGUGUGUGUGUGCUGUGUAUGUCUGUGGGUGCUGUAUGUGUGUUGGCGCUGUGUAUGUCUGUGGGUGCUGUAUGUGUGUGGGUGCUGUAUGUGUGUAGGUGCUGUGUAUGUCUGUGGGUGCUGUAUGUGUGUAGGUGCUGUGUAUGUCUGUGGGUGAUGUAUGUGUGUUGGUGCUGUGUAUGUCUGUGGGUGCUGUAUGUGUGUAGGUGAUGUGUAUGUGUGUGGGUGCUGUAUGUGUGUAGGUGCUGUGUAUGUCUGUGGGUGCUAUAUGUGUGUUGGUGCUGUGUAUGUCUGUGGGUGCUGUGUCUGUGUAGGUGCUGUGUAUGUCUGUGAGUGCUGUAUGUGUGUUGGUGCUGUGUAUGUGUGUUGGUGCUGUGUAUGUCUGUGGGUGCUGUAUGUGUGUAGGUGCUGUAUAUAUCUGUGGGUGCUGUGUGCAUGGGUGCUGUGUGUGUGGGUGUUGUAUGUGUGUUAGUGCUGUGUAUAUGUGUGUGUGCUGUAUGUGUGUAGGUGCUGUGUAUGUAUGUGGGUGUUGUAUGUCUGUGGGUGCUGUGUGUGUGUAGGUGUUGUGUGCGUGGGUGCUGUAUGUGUUUAGGUGCUGUGUAUGUCUGUGGGUGUUGUAUGUGUGUUGGUGCUGUGUAUGUGUGUGUGUGCUGUAUGUGUGUAGGUGCUGUGUAUGUAUGUGGGUGUUGUAUGUGUGUACGUGCUGUGUAUGUAUGUGUGUGCUGUAUGUGUGUGUGUGCUGUAUGUGUGUAGGUGCUGUGUAUGUUUGUGGGUGCUGUAUGUGUGUAGGUGCUGUGUAUGUCUGUGGGUGCUGUAUGUGUGUGGGUGCUGUGUAUGUCUGUGGGUGCUGUGUAUGUCUGUGGGUGCUGUAUGUCUGUGGGUGCUGUAUGUGUGCUGUGUAUGUAUGGGUGCUAUGUGCGUGGGUGCUGUAUGUGUGUAGGUGCUGUGUAUGUGUGUGUGUGCUGUAUGUGUGUAGGUGCUGUGUAUGUAUGUGGGUGUUGUAUGUGUGUUGGUGCUGUGUAUGUCUGUGGGUGCUGUAUGUGUGUAGGUGCUGUGUAUGUCUGUGGGUGCUGUAUGUGUGUUGGUGUUGUGUAUGUCUCUGGGUGCUGUAUGUGUGUUGGUGCUGUGUAUGUCUGUGGGUGCUGUAUGUGUGUAGGUGCUGUGUAUGUCUGUGGGCGCUGUAUGUGUGUAGGUGCUGUGUACGUCUGUGGGUGCUGUAUGUGUGUAGGUGCUGUGUGUGUCUGUGGGUGUUGUAUGUGUGUUGGUGCUGUGUAUGUAUGUGUGUGUAUGCUGUAUGUGUGUGUGCUGUAUGUGUGGGGGUGGAGGUGGGGGUACAUUACUUGAUAGCCCCCCUCCCUUCUUACCUUUUGUAGGGAAGGGGGAUCCUUGUUGCUGCUGCUGCUGCUACCAUCCCUGGUGGUCCAGUGGAGAGUGAACUCUAGCCCCUGUGGGGCUAGAGUUCACUCUCGCAAGAUUUGAGCGUUGCCAUGGCAACGCUCAUAUCUCGCGAGAGGAACCCAGCAGAGCUGCCGGCAAGAGCUCCGCCGGUCCUCUCCUGCCUCCCUCCCUGCAUGUGGGUCGGUAGGGAGGGAGGCUGAGAGCAGAUCCUGAGAUCUCACCUGCUGGUCUCAAUAUACAUAGGCGUGCCGCGGGAAUAGGGUGUGCCCAGGCACACCCGGCACACCUUGUGCGCACGCCUAUGUCCAGCCUCUAGUGGUUGUCUCAUUGACAUCCGCUAGAGGCGCUUCCGCUCUUCUCACUGAUUUUCAUAGUGAGAAGACGCUGGAUGUCCAUAGGAAAGCAUUGAGCCCACUGGGCUCUUAAUCUGGCCCUGGGAUAUGUAUCAAGCUUAGGACAGCAGACACGACCUAUCUCAUCUAAGAGAGGGUAUAGGCGUUGAGGCGUUUGGCUGCCAAAUCCUCAAUAUUAAUUUUAAAUAUUCUUCAUGGAAUAGCCUUCCAGCUGAAGGUUAACACAGUAAGGGAGUUUAAGCAUGCGUGGGAUAGGCAUAAGGCUAUCCUAACUAUAAGAUAAGGCUAGGGACUAAUGAAAGUAUUUAGAAAAUUGGGCAGACUAGAUGGGCCGAAUGGUUCUUAUCUGCCGUCACAUUCCAUGUUUCUAUGUUGAUGGUCUGCGUGAUAUCUUGACAUUAGUAUAUACUGCAUGCAGGGACCACAACUGAUUGAUUCCACAUAAACGUGGAUUCAGGAGCCUUACCCUCUAACAGCUAAACUCCCCUUUAAUUAACUAAUUGUUCCGAUUCCAGAAAAAAAACAUCUUAAUAAAGUUUAAUAUGUUGCCGUUUUAAUCGGUUUAUUCAGCAAUUGUUUCAAGAUCCUUGCAGGUUUCCCCUCUGAUUUUUUUCUGGUAGAAAGCACAGUGUAACUGACCGUGACAUUAACUUAAGAAAAGAAAAAAAAGCGAUCUUUCAGAAGAAAUAUACUUUCAGUCAUCAGUAAUACGAAGGUUGGAAAAUGUGACAUUCAAGGUAAAACUUAUAUCAAAAGCCAGCUAAUGUAUGGUUUAUAGCAUGUCAGAUCGCGAUGUUACAAAUCAGCGUGAUACAUAGCCUCCGCAACAAGCUAUAAAAUCAUCCUUGGGGGAAAGAAUCAUACAUAAUUCAGUGAUUGUCAAGAGCUGGUGUCAUUUUUUUUUCACAGUUUUCUAUCAUUUGAGGAAAAAUAUGUAAAUGAGCCAAAUAUUUUAUAGAUGGCUAAAUCCUUGGGAAACUGAGAUAAGCAUUUGAAGGUAGAAUUUUAUGAAAAUAUAGUAUUUUUGGCUGAUAGCUGGUACUUUGUGCACUUUCUACAACUCCGAAAAUAUCCUAUUCAAAUUUAGCAAAUGUUACUGCUUUGAACAAUUUCAUGUCACAGUUUAAUCAGAACUGCCUACAGUUAGACACAUUGUCAGGAUCUCCCCGGCCGGCCCCUGCAGGCCAGCACUACCCGAGCGCCGGCCCCGCUGUGUGCCUCCAUGGGCCGGUGGGGAGAUCACAGAUCUCCCUUUACCGGCCCAGAGACACUUCCAGGCGGCUGCUUGCUGGGGAGAGAGGGAGGGAGGAGAGAGGACCCAGCGGAGCUCUAUCCAGCAGCUCCGCCGGGUCCUCUCGCGGGAUUCUGAGCGUUGCCGCGGUUACCACGGCAACGCUCAGAUCUCGCGAGAGUGAACUCUAACCCGCAGGUUAGAGUUCACUCUCACCUCUGGAGCACCAGGGAAGGCAGCAUGGUCCCUUCAAGGCUCCCCCUCCCAGGCAGAAUGGCUCCCCCCCUCCCAGGCUAAAGGUAAGAAGGGAGGGGGGGGAAACAUAACUUUUUUUUUAUUAUUAAUUAUAAUAAUAUUAUAAUUAUUAAUAAAAUAAAAAAUAUAUUUUUAAAAUAAUUUCCCUAACAGCCCCCCCAGACACACACAGCCCCCCCACCACAGACACACACAGCCCCCACAGACACACACACAGACACAGCACCCGACACACACAGCCCCCAGACACACACAGCCCCAGACACACACAGCCCCCACAGACACAGCACAGAGACACACACAGCACCCCCACACACAGCACCCACAGACACACACAGCCCAGACACACACAGCCCCCCACAGACACACACAGCACCCCACAGACACACACACACAGCCCCCAGACACACACAGCCCCCAGACACACACAGCCCCAGACACACACAGCACAGACACACAGCACCCCAGACACACACAGCACCCCCAGACACACACAGCCAUACACACCCAGACACACACAGCAUCCAUACACACACAGCACCCCACAGACACACACAGCGCACCCCCAGACACACACAACACCCUCAGACAGACAGCACCCUCACUCCCACACAUAUACAGCACAUAUAUUAUAUAAAAUAACCCUCAGUGAGUUAACAGACAAAUAAAAUUAGAAACCCAGAAUGUGACGGCAGAUAAAAACACCCUCACACACAGCACCCCUCUUACACAAACACACUGCGCACCUCACACAUACAAUACGUCCAAAUAUAUUUUAUUUAUUUAUAUUUUUAUAUAUAUAUAUAUAUAUAUACACAAAAAUGAAAACGGAGGAUGCACUUACAGGACUUGGUUAAAGUGAAAAAAAGGGACUUUUAAUUAUUCCAUGUGAAAUGUACAGAAAAUUUUUUUUUCCAUUCACAUGGAAUAAUUAAAAGUCCCUUUUUUUCACUUUAACCAAGUCCUGUGAGUGCAUGCUCAGUUUUGUUUGGGGUAUAGCACCCAGGCUAUUAGUUCUUUCUUAUUACUUAAAGGAGAGUGCCAAGCAUCCUUUUUUUUUUGCUAUAUAUAUAUAUACACACACACACUACAGCACCCCUCACACUGCACCACUACACACAUUACGCUCCAGAUACACGCUAGAUCCCUUACCCUAUAUGCACUCUUAAUCCUCUACACACACACACAAUCUUCUAUACACACUCUGGGUCCUUUACACACUAGAUCUCUUACACACACACUGCACCACCUACACACACACUACAUUCCUUGUAAGCAAACACAUACAACAUUCUCUAAACACACCCUCUCUACACACAGUAGUGUGUGUGUAUAAGUGACACACACUACGUCACCUAUACACACACACUACUGCCCGUAUGCACACACUCGCUACAUCCCCUAUAACACUAUGCCCCUAUACACGCACUCUCUACAGCCCCUAGCCACACAUAUUACACCACAAAAUUGACCUAUUUACACAAUACCACACCACACUCUACACACAGGCAAUCCCACAAGCAUGCGCCAAACACAUGCACCAUACACUUUCCUGGCCCUUUUGUCCUCUGGUAUCCCACUUGUGGAGACACCAGAGACAAUUUAAAAGCAAACACAGCGCAAGCAUGUUAUUACAUUUGCUUGCGCUGCGCAGAACAAAUACAGGGCCUUUUUCUAAUGCUAGAGCUAUUCAGUGGGGCUCUGCGCAUUGAACCAACAUGCUCACUUUCUCUGGCCCCGCCACCUUUUUGGGGGGCCGCUCUAAUUGAAAAAUGCCCGGGCCUAAUUUUUUUCCCAGUCCGGCCCUGCACAUUGUACAUCGACUUGGACACUUAAAGGGACACCAGAGGCACCAAAACAAAUUUAGGUUAAUGAAGCAGUUUUGGUGUAUAGAUAAUGCCCCUGUAUUCUCACUGCUCAAUUCUCUGCCAUUUCGAAGUUAAAUCACUUUGUUUAUACAGCCCUAGUCAAACGUACCUGCAUGUGACUUACACAGUCUUGGCAGCACAUCCAAUUGGCCUCACAAUCGCAGACCAUGUGUAACCACACCAGCCCAGGACCUCCACAUCCAGCAUCUUCACCUCCAAGAUCGUCUGAGACCAGCCACCCGGACAGCUGCUGCAACAAUCGGUUUGCAUAACCAAAGAAUUUCUGCACAAACUGUCAGAAACCGUCUCAGGAAAACUCUUCUGCAUGCUCGUCAUCCUCAUCGGGGUCUCGACCUGACUGCAGUUCAUCAUUGUAACCGACUUAAGUGGGCAAAUGCUUACAUUCGAUGGUGACUGACACUUUGGAGAGGUGUUCUCUUCACGGAUGAAUCCCAGUUCUCUCUGUACAGGGCAAAUGGCAGACAGCGUGUAUGGCAUUGUGUGGGUGAGUGGUUUGCUGAUGUCAACGUUGUGGAUCGAGUAGCCCAUGGUGGCGGUGGGGUUAUGGUAUGGGCAGGCGUAUGUUAUGGACAACAAACACAGGUACGUUUUAUUGAUGGCAUUUUGAAUGCACAAAGAUACCGUGACAAGAUCCUGAGGCCCAUUGUUGUGCCAUUCAUCCUCAACCAUCACCUCAUGUUGCCCCAUGUUGCAAGGAUCUGUACACAAUUCCUGGAAGCUGAAAACAUCCCAGUUCUUGCAUGGCCAGCAUACUCACCGGACAUGUCACCCAUUGAGCAUGUUUGGAAUGCUCUGGAUCGGCGUAUACGACAGCUUGUACAGGUCCUGCCAAUCUCCAGCAACUUUGCACAGCUAUUAAAGAGGAGUGGACCAACAUUCCACAGGCCACAAUCAACAACCUGAUCAACUCUAUGCGAAGGAGAUGUGUUGCACUGCGUGAGGCAACAGGUGGUCACACCAGAUACUGACUGGUUUUCAGACGCCCGCCCCCAACUCCCCCAGACUCCCCAAUACAGUAAAACUGCACAUUUUAGAUUGGCCUUUUACUGUGGCCAGCCUAAGGCACACCUGGGCAAUAAUCAUGCUGUCUAAUCAGCAUCUUGAUAUGCCACACCUGUGAGGUGGAUGGAUUAUCUCGGAAAGGAGAAGUGCUCACUAACACAGAUUUAGACAGAUGUGUGUAUAAUAUUUGAGAGAAAUAGGCCUUUUGUGUACAUCGAAAAAGUCUUAGAUCUUUGAGUUCAGCUCAUGAAAUAUGGGGACAAAAACGAAAGUGUUGCGUUUAUAAUUUUGUUCAGUGUAUAUAAAUAAAGCAAAUGGUAGAUAUUUAAAUUUACAUCAUAAUAUAUUUGCCAUUUGUCUUUAUUAUAUUAUUAAUAUCUUAGACAGUGAUGGAGUGUUAAGUGCAAUUACAGUGCAGUGACACGAAUUUUAACAAACAUCACCUGAUAUGCUUUGUAUAUAAUCUGCAUUUUGCACAGUAUCAUCAUUCCCAGUAAUACAACCAUAUAGAAUAUAUUGUCAUUGUCACCUAAUUGUCGUAUUGUUUUUCCUGUGAUGUCAUAUGCUUACACUCUGUUCUUUUAAAGGUUCAACUAAUUCAUUAUAACCAUGAGCUGUAUACGAAUGUAACAGAAGCAGCUAAAAGUCCAAAUGGAAUCGUCGUUAUUUCAAUAUUUAUAAAAGUAAGUGUAGAAUUUUUAAGAAAUAUAUUAUUUGAGUUAAUGUUAUUUCUGCUGCAAUUUAAUACACCUCUUGCAUGUACAUCAUCUUUUGAACAGUAAUAAAAAGCCCACAGUGGGAAAUUGUGAAAUUGUGGAAUUAUUACGCACAGAGGAAUUAGUAAGACAGGGCUUCCAAAUGUGGUUCAUUAAUGUGAACAGAUCACAAGUCAGACAGAGAAUGUGUUACAAAGAGUUUAUUGUGCAGGUAAACUGCAGCCAAUAGGAGACACAAUCUAUCCUUUGCUUCACUCUCAUUGGCUAACCAGUGUUCUAAUGUAUAGUAUCAUCAUGCAGGUAUAACCUCUGCUUUGCUUGUCUCUCAUUGGCUAUGUAGUGUAAUCAUCAUACAGAUAUAAUAUAUUUUUUUUGCUCUCUCAUUGGCUGCCUAGUGUCUUAAUUGACAAUGUUUUCAUGCAAGUAUACUCUAUGUUUUAAUUUAAAGUAUUGUCAUGCAGGUGUUAUCUGUGCUUUACCACUCUCUCAUUGGUUGCUUAGUGUCCUAAUUUACAAUAUUAUCCUGCAGGUAUAUAUUGUGUACUUUGCCUCUCUCUGUUUGGAAGCAUUAUGCAGUAAUUUAGAGCUUCACCAGGUAGACAGGUAGGCAGUUUGUAAAUUGAUUAGUUCAUGUUUGCAAUAUAAUAAUAUUUAAUUAAAGGCAUCCAGGGUUUAAUUCUGCAUGAGCUCAGGUAAACUACGAUAGAUUUAUAUCAAUGAUAUUAUUAUUUCAUGGAUGGUAUAAUAUGUAAUACUGUCACUGGUUUAACUAAUGCUUGUUUGGUUAUUUCUAUGUUGUCUCCAGGUAACGGAUUCAUCGAAUGCUUUCCUAAAUCGGAUGCUUAGCAGGGAUCCAAUCACUAGAAUAACAUUUAAAAGUAAGUAAGGAAGAUACCACAAAAUUAAAAUGUAUCUGAAGCUUGACUGACAAAGCCCUACAUUGUGUGAAUUGCUAAACCAGGCAUAGGCAUCAUUCGGCACUCCAGAUGUUUUGGACUACACCUUCCAUGAUGCUUUGCCAGCAUUAUGGAAGUAAGAGCAUUAUGGGGGAUGUAGUCUGCAGCAUCUGGAGUGCUGACGGUUGCCUGCUAGAGUCUUGGAAAAAUGGUGAACUUGGUGUAAUAUGUCAGUAGACGGUAAAGGGCUUGGUGCUCACACCAAAACGUUAACUCUAUCCUGGAGGCACUGUGGAGUGUAUAAAUUAUUCGGCAACUCAGACUAACAAGGUAAUUUAGUAAGAAAAUAUUUUAAGUGAAUUUCAAAUUUAAGGCCAAGGUAGCAGUCGCAAACAGUCAAGUGACUCUGGAAGGUGAUUGUGGAUAAACAUAUAAUAAGAUGACCGAUUUCAUUUUAAACAUUAAAUAAUGCACCAAGCAGAGUUCCACAUGGCUCCAGGAGAAGCACAUAAUAUCCAGUUAGAGAUGUAAUUGUGCUGUCUAAAUUCCUUGUUAUGGGGCCAGGGGGGCCAAUUGUGUGUAAAACAGGAGUCUUGCUAUUUUAUCGCCCAACACGUGUUGGCAGACCCCAACAUUUUAAUGGGGAUCAUGAAUACUUCACUAUACUACAUUAGUUGUGUUUGUUGACGUAACAUGUUUUUUUCAUAAUAUGUCCUCAGAUGAUGCCUAUUUACUGCAGGGGCUAAAUAUUGAGGAUCUGUACCCCGAAACCUCUAGCUUCAUUACAUACGAUGGAUCGUUGACUAUACCUCCUUGUUAUGAGACAGCAAGUUGGAUAAUAAUGAAUAAACCGAUCUACAUUACAAGGAUGCAGGUAAUUCACAUCCACUGAUUAUUUUAAAAGGAUACAUUCAUUUCCAAUCAUUUUAUUUGUAUCACCUAUGAAGCUGUAUAAAAAAGGUAACUGUCAAAGUACCGAAAUUUCAGCACCAAAGCAAGCGUUAACGUUCGGGGUAACAAAUGAGUGCAACAUUCUGAUUAAAAGAACACUCCAAUGAUCGAAAUAAAUACAUUUCAUUGUGAUGUUGGAGGGCUACUUUUUACCUGUAGAUUUCUAGACAACUCUCAAGUCUCCUAAAAAAAAGUUACUUACUCUCCUCGCCAAAACUCUGCUCCCUACCAAUCCAUUGCUUCUCAUAGGGAAGCAUUGUGAGGCAGAAUACAUGCACAGUAAUUGCCUCACUGCAGCAAACUGCUUCUCAUAGAGCAACACUGAAACCAAUACUUCUCUGGAAGCGGGGUGGAUGUCCUCACUUCCACCGUGAGUGAGCGUUUAAGGUAAAUGAGGUAGGAAAUUCUUCUUACUCUCUGAUUGAAAGCCAAAAAACUGCUACCACAGGUGCUGUAAAAGCACAAGGGCCAAAAGCACUUUAGCAAGAAAAACAAUUAGGUCCAAUCGUUGUCUAUGUGGCAGUUCGCUUUGUCCGAUUGCAAAAAUGGGUCUAAAUUCCUAAAAACAAAUGCAGUAAAAUAUUACACCGUCAUUACUUUAUGUGGAUGGCCUGCAGUGAGCUCAACUCUAACUUACAAAAUCUAGCCUAAACCAGCCACUCAGGAGAACAUUUUCACUUAACCUGGGUUUUUGGUAGUUUUCAAAGUUAUCAAAUAUAUACCAGCUCGUGGUUUGGGGUAAUUAAAGGGACAAUCAAGAUCCUAAAGUUUGCUCAAGCACUUUAUGUAUGAAGAACGUGUCCCCUUUUUAAUUUUCCAAAAACGUCUUGUUUUUUUCAGAAGUUGGCAAUUAUAAAUUAAGCUUGUUACAAUCCCCUGGUUGUCAGACAACUGUCCCUUUUACCUCCUGAUUUGUUUGGCUCAGUGGAGCAGGUAAUUUAGAAAUAUCUUUAUACGUUAUUAUUUUAGGUUGUUUUUGUAUUUCCGGUUGAUCUUUGACCUUUUUUUUUUCUUAAAUAAAUUAAAAAUUAAAUAAUAAAGAAUUGUAAAACAAAUAUAUAUAUAUAUAUUAUUCCAUCAAGUUCAAUCAAUUACAAAAAUAUCUCAGAUUAUUUCAAAGAAUAUAUAUUGUGUGUAUUUUGUCACAAUAACAUGUUAGGCUCUUGACAAAAAAUACAAAUGGCCAGUGCCUAAACUUUAAACAAAUUAAAAAAAUAAUCUUUAAAUAAAAGUGUUUAGCCACAACAUCAGGUGUCUUAUUGAUCUGGACAAGGCUAGAAACCCUAUUAAUAUUUCCAAGUCAGGAACUAGAGUUAUUACAUAAAGAUCGGAACCAACACAACACAAAUUGUAUAUAAGAUUUAAAGGCGAACUGUCAUUUUCCAGGAUUUAUAAUAUUGUGUUUAUGAAAUCCCUUAUUUUUAGCAAAUAUUUUUUUGUUUAAGGGACACUCCGGGCAAAAAUACAACUUUAACAGGUUUCGGCAUCAUUGUAAAAAGAAAAUAAAUAAAAAGUUUCAGCAUGGAAAAACUGUUAAGUAGCUUUCCAUAGUGCCCCCUAAAAUAUGGAAAAAUUAAAUUAAAUGUAGAAAUCUACACUUCCAUUCUGGAACUGGGAGCGUCCAUUUUGACUCCCAGUCAUCAUUGUAAUUGUUGCCCUUUUUCAUGCUUCUCUUUCCCUCCUCAUUUGCAUCCAGUCUGUGGUUGGACUGUACUGGAUGAUGUCAUGUCGCUUACUAAAAUUUUAUAUAUAAUGAAAAUGAUGUCAUUUUAUUUCCAUUGUCUGUCACUAAGCUUAAUGUGCCGCACAUUGUGAUAUUAUCCAUCCCUCAUCAACGUCCGACAUACAGGGAGCUGCUCAAGGUCACAGACCUGACAAUCAGAACUACGUGGAUUUGUAGUUUUGAGCGAUAGAUUUGGUGCUUUUCAUCAUUUUAGCUUUUACCUUUGAGAAAAAGCCAUUAUAGGUGAUUUUCAAAGUUUAUUCAAUGGUGUCCAGAGAAAUGACAGUUCUGCUUUGUGGAUCUACAAAACAUGGAUAAUCAUGUGUAGACCUACCUCGUUACACCAUCCAUCCCUUCACCACUGGAACCAGAGACAAACGAAAAUCUCACUAUAUUAUUUUUAAAUGAUAGUUCACAAACAAUAGUUGUCACUAUCUACAAUCUGGGGCCCUUGGCUUGAUAUCUGCUAAAUGACGGAAGGUAAAAGCUAAAAUGAUGAAAAUCUAUUGCUCAAAACUAUAAAUCCACGUAGUUCUGAUUGUCAGGUCUAUGACCUUGUGCAGCUCCCUGUAUGUCGGACGUUGAAGAGGGAUGGAUAACAUUACAAUUUUCGGCACAUUCUGUAUCCUUAGUGACAGACUAUGGAAAUAAAAUGGCAUUAUUUUCACCUUUAACAUAUCGCCAUGAAAGAGACAGAUUAACAGACAUCAAUUUUAUUGCUUAACCUCCAGAAUAAUAUUAUUUUUUUUAAAGUAAGAGUGUAUAGAAUGAUUUACUAGAGCAUAGGACUGUUGUAGUAAAUUUAUACUAAGAUGCUAUUUGCUGGAUGGUAAAUUUCUGCCAUUGGGCCUGAAAAAUAUAUUUUUUAACCAAAAGAGGAUUUGAACCAGCAAAAAAACAAAAAACAGCCAUGAUUCCACUCUAUAUUUUCUAGAUUAUAUUUUAGUUUGCCGUGUGUAAAAAAAUAAAACAUUUUUGGUUUUAUUACAUAAAUCCAAUUUCUGAUGGGUCCAGGUGUAAAGUCCACUUGAUGUACCUGGAUUAGCCUAGCAGGACAUUAUCCCCGGUGUGAAACCAUAGAGGAGAGUGGUGUGAUGUCCUGCUCCUUGUCUUUGUGUUGAAAGGAAUUUCAAACCAAAUGAAAAGAAAAUCAAAACAUAUCUAGUUUUCACUCCUGUGUUAGUGGGGGACUUUCCUCAGAUUUCAAUAAUAAUUUGGAGUGUGUGAAAAAUGCCCCCUCUUCUUCACCCCUUGUGUGUUGGGGUUGGAGGGUAAAAAGAUUCUGCUACCCCCUUCGUCUACUUUGAAUUCACUCUGAACUCUGACUUUCGAUGUGGCCGGGACUUGACAUUAGAAGCAGCGACCACAAAACACGACUCUGGAACUUAUGUGAGCAUGAUUAUAUUUUUUGCUUUAAAAACAGCUUAUGGCAGAUAUUUAGCGCCCACAAUGGAAACAUGCGCUAAUUUGGUGAAAUUUCAAAUAUAUUUGUCUGUUUCUCCUAUCAAGUGCACACACACGCAAAUCAAAAAAAGUCAUAUCGGUGCUUUAGACUGAAGUCUUCUAUUCGUUUCUAUUCGUGUUAUUGAUUGUGUAAUGUCAGAGAGUCAUCCUUACAAGAAUAUUGUUAUUUUUAUUCAUUUCUCAUUAUGUCAUAGAUAUAGAUAUGGCUGUUUUUAAAACCCCAUUAUUUUUCCUUGUAUUCAUUUAUUUUCUCAUUUCAUGUCCAAAAAGAAUAAAUAAAAGAUAAGUCCUGCAUAAAACCUACCCCACAAAUUGCUUUCGACUUACUUUCUCUUAGAAAAAUUUUUUUGUUUUGUUGUUGUGGCAAAUAAGAUCCGACUGACCAGAGUAGUCUGCCCAUUGUGAAAUUCUUCCCCUGUGUUAUCCUUCGAAUGAAGGGCUAUUCCUGGUAUCUACAUCAAAUUCUAUAUCACUGUUAGCCUUUACUGCUUCCUCUGAAUGUCCAUCCCAGGUAUCUACUACCCUUUCUGUAUCAUUAUCACUGUCUCUGCUGCAUGGCUGCUCUCAGUAUCUUAAUCUACCACCUUUUAGAUAUAUAGUAUAAAGAUACAACUUCUCAAGCGACUCUUGGCGCCAUAACUCUACCUACCUACCUACCUACCUACCUUUUGUCCACCCUAGAAACUUCUCCAAUCUUAUAUCCAUCCCAUGGAACUCUCCCUUUAAGCCAUCCUUCCAUUCUGCCGUUUGGAAUGCACGCUCUGUGUGCAACAUAACUAAAUCUACUUCUAUCCAUGACUUAUUCAUCUCACGCUCCCUUAACUUACUUGCUUUAACUGAGACUUGGCUCUCUCCUUCUGACACAGCUACCCCAGCCUCAUUAACCUAUGGUGGUCUACAGUUUACGUACAACCCAAGACGGUCUGACAGUAAAGGUGGCGGUGUAGGGUUUCUCCUUUUACCUCACUGCUCCUUCCCCUUUUGUCCCCUUUUGUUCUCUCUCUAUACUGCCUCUCUUGGCAAACUCAUUAAUUCAUAUGGAUUCCACUAACACCUGUACGCCAACGACACCUUGAUAUACCUCUCCUCCCCUGACGUCUCACCUGCUUUCCUACAGCGUGUCACCAAUUGCCUCUUUUCUAUCUCUGAUUGGAUGUCCUCCUGCUUUCUGAAAAUCAGUCUCUCUAAAACUUUGUUUAUUAUUUUGCCACCUCCUUCACUCUCCAUGCAGGUUGACAGUACCUAACUCACCCCAUCCUUUCAAGCUCGCUGUCUUGGUGUCAUUUUUGAUCCUGGCCCCACCUUUGCACCUCAUGUCCAGUCUAGUGCUAAAACGUGUCGAUUCCAGCUUAAAAACAUUGCCCGCAUUCGCCCUUUUCUUACGCAAGAUGCUGCCAAGGAGCUUGUUCAUGCUCCAGUAAUCUCUCACAUGGAUUACUGUAAUUCUCUCCUAGUUGGUCUUCCCAGAAGCCAUACUACCCCCCUACAAUCUGUGAUGAAUGCUGCUGCCAGUCUGAUCUUUCUCUCAUGUCGCUCCUCUAACUCCUCACCCCUCUGUCGAUCCUUACAAUGGCUUCCUGUACCCUACAGGUGUUAAUUUAAAAUACUUACUAAUGUUGUGGAGACAGGCUCAGGCACUGAGGGUAGUGGUGUUGUGGAGACAUUCAUAGGCACAAAGUGUAGUGGUGUUGUGGAGACAGGCUCAGGCACCGAGUGUAGUGGUAUUAUGGAGGCUUGGAGACUAUGGUGAGGCCUAAUAGAAAGCAGUUGUUGUUGGGGGAUUUUAUCAUAAGAGGUGUGGAGCUAGACAAUAGUGGUCUUGUGAGAUGUCUUCCCGGAGCUACUGCUCACAGAGAUAGGAGACGUAUUUGUAAUAUUGUUAAGUGAGCAAAGCAGGAAGGGGAAUUGGAUGUACGUGUCCAUCUAAGGACAAAUGACUUGGCUUGCAAUGAGGUUUCAGAGGUUAAGGACGUUUUUAGUGUUUUUGCCGAUGAUAUACGACAAGUUGCUUCCACAGUGUCAUUCUCUGAAGUUCUGCCUGUGCAUAACACUCAGAACGACAGGCGGAUGCAUAUUAGGGACUUUAACUUGUGGCAUGGUGAAUGGUGUCGGGAGCUAGGAUUUGGCUUCAUUUCUCAUGGUAGCUCUGUUUGGAAUGGAAAUAAACUGUACAAAAAAGAUGGUUUGCAUCUUUUUCAAAAGGGAACAAAUGUUCUCAGUGAGCAGUUUAGAGGUUUUGCUAGGAUGUAUUUAAACUAGGAGGGGGGGGGGGUAAAAGGGUGAUAAAACAUCCAUCCAAUUGCCCCCCAAAACAAGGACAGAAGGUGCCUGUAGCAAGUGUGUUAAAAAAUGAUAAGCUUAGAGUAAUGUCUACAAAUGCUCGCAGUUUAGAGUAUAAGAUCCAUGAACUUGUGGCAAUAAUGGCAACUGAUAAGAUUUAGUCACUGUUACUGAGACAUGGUAUAAUGAGAAAAAUGACUGGGACAUAGCAAUACCAGGGUACUCUUUAUAUAGAAAAGACAGGGAAGGCAAGAAAGUGGGAGGGGUGGCCCUGUAUGUGAAGGAUAGCAUAAAAUCUAGCCUAAUAAAAGUUAGCGAGGCAAACAUAGAGUCUGUUUGGGUUACGAAUUUGGUAAUCACACAGUAACUCGUGUAGGUGUGGAUUAUAGGCCCCAGGACAAAUAGAAGAGUUAGAUAAUCUAGUUGAGGAAAUUGCUAAAAUGACAAUGAAGGGGAAGUUGUCAUCAUGGGUGACUUUAAUCUCCCUGAUGUGAACUGUAAAAGCAAAAUAGCUGCUCGUGCCAGGAGCACACAUAUUCUAAACUCACUUCUGGAAUUGUCUCUGAAACAAGUCGUUGAGAAGCCAACUCGUAAGGAGGCCAUACUAGAUUUAGUGUUAACAAAUGGAGAUUUGGUAUCAGAUAUUACUGAUACCAAAGUUUAGGUGAAAGUUUAGGAUCCAAUGAUCAUCAGUCAGUGUGGUUUAAUAUAAGAACAGUGACUGAGUCACACCACACAAAAACAAAAGUUUUAGACUUUAGAAAAACAGACUUUUGUAAAAUUAGAAUAUGUGUAAAGGAGUCAUUAUCAGACUGGAGCAAUUUAAAUGGAGUCCAAGAGAAAUCUAAUUAUUUAAAAGUUGCACUGCUGAAGGCAACAGAAAAUUGCAUUAGUCUUGUCAGUAAAAGCAAAAAAUUUGAGAAACCACUGUGGUAGAGUGAGGAAGACAGAAUGAUCUAUAAGGUUAGGCAGAAAGAGGCUAAGCAAGUUAUAAGAGCUCCCAAAUCACACACAGAAGAAAAAAUAGCUCAGUCAGUAAAAAAAAGGGGACAAACAUUAUUUAGAUACAUAAAUGAGAAAAUGAAAGUAAAACAAGGAUUAGUUUGAUUAAAAACAAAAGAAGGAAGGUAUGUAGAUGUAACAGAUCACCUGGCACCCCGACUGGGUACCUCAGUUGAAGGAUGCUCCUAGCGCUUCCUGAGGGCUCCAAGCACUCCAGCAGACACCUCCAGGCACUGGACGACACUCGGUCCUGGGAACUCUGGAACCGAAUGGGGAAUUAGCUCUAGUCCUUACAAGGACAUUCCCCGUUAAAUCUCCUGUAAGCUGGAACAGCAGACACAGGAGCAAGCCUUCUUCCCUUGAAUCUUCUGCUAGCUGGAACAGCAGACACAGGAGCAAAUCUUCUUACCUCCAAUAACAGGACAACACACAGUUUUGUAGUGUAAACAGGAACAGACAGAGCUGGGGCUUUAUUGCUUCUUUUAUACACAUUUUUCCACAAGGUUACCACCCACGUGGACCUUGUGGAACAGCCAAUCAACAACGUACAAUACAGUCAGACACUCCCAGCUAAUGCACACAAACCCUUCCCUCUGCCUGUGAUAUAAUUACCUCAACACAAUGGACUAACAUAAUUACCACAGGCAGAAAAAUAUACUUUUUACAAUAUGCUAUUUUCUUUAACUUUAAAAUUACACAUCACAUUCGCAUAAGUUAUUUAGAAGUCUUAUUUGACCAACCGCAGCAUGGCUUUCCUGCCCAAAACAGUUCCAUAGAAAUAUCGUUCGAAUGCAGGAACGGGGCUGUUCGUGCAGAUCUGCAAUGUUAAUGUGGCGUUCGAAUAAUCGAAAGCUGUUCGACUCCAUUCGAAGUCCCAGAGAAGGUAAAACUGUAGCGGUGUUCGUGCCGUUGAGUAUCUGAUUUUAGUUCCAUGAACUCGACAGCAAAACACCACUGGCCGCAUUCGGCUGAAUUAAAAUGGCCACCACCGCGUGUUAGUUUGUCGAAUGGCGGGCACUUCGACUACUUCGGCACUUCGGCUGCAUCCGAAGUGCCAUAACAAAAGUACAAAUCCUUUUUCAUAGAAUUUACAGGGGCAGAAGCAGUGUAUUAAAAUCCCUUAAGUCCAAAUAAUGUUUUUAAACGGCAAUACACCCAGGGGCCAUAGUCACAUAGCAAGAGUCUGACAAACAGGCCCCUCCAAAAACCAGUGGUGAGGUCACUUUCGCCACAGUAGAAGAGGAUAAAGGUCUAGCUGCCUGCCUCAAUUAAUAUUUUUGUUCAGUAUUUACAGAUGAUCUUAGACAAAAAGGAAUUAUAAAUGAAAAUAAAACAUUUUAAACAAAAUACUACCAGUAGGUGCCACCAGUGGCAUAGGUAAUUUAUAUCGAAAAUAGAGUCUUAAUGUGUCUAAUUAUGAAUCUUAGCUUUUAAUAUAAUUAUACAUAAAAUAAAAAAUGUGAAGCAAGAUUUAUUAAAAUAGGGUAAGCAGUCAUUAUUCUGUCUGUGUGAUAACAGUACAAAUAGAGCUAAAGAGCAUUGGGCGGUCGUUAGUAUUACUUGCAAUUUAAAUCAAUUGUUCUAUUAUAGAUAGCAAGUAGGAAAUUCUAAAGUACUUUCUUGGUGUUUUUUAGAAGCAGAUGGACUGUGAUACUGUGCUGUUACUUUGGAUACAUUCCUCGUCGCUGUGUAUUCAGCCGUUAACAAAGUAGCAGUCUUAGAGUUAUUUCCUAUCUGUGAGGCAGGGUCUAGAUUGAUUGACCAUGAAUAACUGCACGUAGUGGUGCAGAUAGAUAAAAAUAAACGUAUAGGUUAAACGGGUUAUAUUCAUAGGAACAUGCCUGCUUUAAAUUUCUAAGCUUCUAUUAUAUAGCCUGUAUUGCAUUAAAUAAGAAAAAUAGAAGUCAGUUUGCAAAUCCUAUCUAUUAGAUAGUCUAAUGUGCCUCGGUGGCACCCCUAAGGCAAAAGCUCUAUAGUAGGAUUAUCUCAUGUGCCUUCGAGGGUACCCCUUAAGAAAAGACCUGUCUAUUCUGCCUUUAGCCCCCCAUUUGUAAUUGAGUAAUAAGUAAAUAGUAAAAUCUUGCGGCCUGCUCUAUCCCUAGAUGGACAGGAUGUCUAGAUGACAGGUAAGUGUUCUGACAGUAUAGAUCUCAGCAGUUGCCAGCUAGGUGUCUUGAGCCCCCAUUUACAGAAGAAAAUGAAGGAAAGGGGCUUCAGUUAGGAAAAGGGACAAAUGAGCCAUUUGUUACAUGUGAGUUUACAGAGGAAGAUGUUCUAUUUCAACUGUCAAAAGUAAAGACAAAUAAGUCAAUGGGACCUGAUGGAAUAUUGAUUUGUUUGAUUGGGUAACUAAAAUAAUAGAGCAGACAUUGCUUACCUAGAUUUCAGUAAGGAGUUUGAGACUGUUGCACAUAGAAGGCUUAUCAAUAAACUGCAAUCUUUAAAGGGCCACUAUAGUGCCAGGAAAACAAACUCAUUUUCCUGGCACUAUAGUGCCCUGAGGGUGCCCCCACCCUCAGGGUCCCACUCCCGCCAGGCUGAAGAGGGAGGAAGGGGGUUAAUCCCUUACCUUUUUUCCAGCGCCGGGCUCCCUCGGCGCUAGGACUCUCCUCCCUCUUCUGAUGUCAUCGGCUGAAUGCGCAUGCGCGGCAAUAGCAGCGCGCGCAUUCAGCCAGUCCAUAGGAAAGCAUUCUCAAUGCUUUCCUAUGGACGCUGGCGUCUUCUCACUGUGAAAAUCACAGUGAGAAGCACGGAAGCGCUUCUAGCGGCUCUCAAUGAGACAGCCACUAGAGGCUGGAUUAACCCAUAUGUAAACAUAGCAGUUUCUCUGAAACUGCUAUGUUUACAGCAGAAUGGGUUAAUCCUAGAUGGACCUGGCACCCAGACCACUUAAUUGAGCUGAAGUGGACUGGGUGCCUAUAGUGGUCCUUUAAAUUUGGAUUCGGUUGUAUAAGGAGAGGUAUUAGCAAUAGAAAGAGGGAAGUGCUCAUGCCAUUGUACAGAACACUGGUGAGACCUCACUUGGAGUAUUGUAUGCAGUACUGGAGACCGUAUCUUCAGAAGGAUAUUGAUACUUUAGAGAGAGUUCAGAGAAGGGCUACUAAACUGGUUCAUGGAUUGCAGGAUAAAACUUACCAGGAAAGGUUAAAGGAUCUUAACAUGUAUAGCUUGGAGGAAAGACGAGACAGGGGGGAUAUGAUAGAAACAUUUAAAUACAUAAAGGGAAUCAACACAGCAAAGGAGGAGACUAUAUUUAAAAGAAGAAAAACUACCACAACAAGAGGACAUAGUCUUAAAUUAGAGGGGCAAAGGUUUAAAAAUAAUAUCAGGAAGUAUUACUUUACUGAGAGGGUAGUGGAUGCAUGGAAUAGCCUUCCAGCUGAAGUGGUAGAGGUUAACACAGUAAAGGAGUUUAAGCAUGCAUGGGAUAGGCAUAAGGCUAUCCUAACUAUAAGAUAAGGCCAGGGAAAGUAUUUAGAAAAUUGUGCAGACUAGAUGGGCCGAAUGGUUCUUAUCUGCCGUCACAUUCUAUGUUUCUAUAAUCUACUCUAGCCCCUUUUAAAUUUCUUGAAUGAUCCAUAGGUAUGCCCCCUCUCGGUCUCUCUGCUCUCCUGUCUGCUGCUCGCACCCUUAGUGCAAAUUCACGCCUGCAAGACUUCUCACGGGCGGCUCCUUUCCGUUGGAACAGCCUGCCUACCCCUGUCAGACUCUCCCCUAGUCUUCAAUCCUUUAAGAAGUCCCUCAAAACCCAUCUUUUCAGGAUUGCUUAUGGCCUCCAAGAGUAACUUCUAUCUCUCAAACCUUCCUCUCGCUCUCUCCUACAGGGUCACACUCCACUCUUACCUCCAGUUCUGCUACUUUCCCACCAUGUCUAUCUGCUGUCUCCCUCAAUACCAUUCCUAUUCCUAAACUCGUUUGAGUAGGGUCCUCAUCUACAUAUUGUUUUUGUUACAUUUUGUUAUUGUCUCAUUUGGUAAAUUCCCCUCUUAUUGUAAAGCGCUCCAGAAUAAGCUGGCGCUAUAUAAAUAAUAACCAAUAAUAAUAAUAAUAACUACUACAGCGUACUGUUUGUGAUCUUCCCUAGUAUGGACCAUCCAUUGAGGUUGUGUUGAGCUGUGUUGCCCAGGUCUUAUUCACCCAACAUUAUUCUUUAUACCGCAUUGCAGGGCUGUGAGCUGGUUUCCAUUUAAAGUGUGUAACCAAUGUGUAUAAAGUACAGGAUAUGUUCAUGUAGACAAACAUUUGUUUUAUAUAUUAUUUUAUUUUUUUAUAUUUAAAAAUCACCUAGUCCUGUUUUUACAGCAGCUUUUUCAUUGGGGACAAUCUCUUUACCGAGUUGGUAAAAAUAUCUUUGUUACAAAACUGUUUUGACCAUCAUAUCCAAUCCCUGAUAUCCCCAGCAAUAAACGUGGUGUAUCGUAGACUACACAAUAAGUAACAAUUAUUAUUUUUUCUCUUUAUUUUGCAGAUGCAUUCUUUAAGAUUACUAAGUCAAAACCAACCGUCCCAGAUAUUUUCAAGCAUGAGUGAUAAUUUUAGACCAGUCCAACCACUAAAUAACCGCUGUAUCCGAACCAAUAUUAAUUUUAGCUUGCAAGGAAAAGACUGUCCGAAUAAUCGGGCGCAAAAACUCCAAUACAAAGGUAAGGAUCCACAGUUUAUCGACAUUGUAGCUAGGUACUAGGGGAAAGAAGAGAACGCAGAUAAGGACGGUGGAAGGAAAGAUAUGAUAUUUGGGGCUUCAAAGGUUUUCAACAUGGGACAGAAAAUAACAGUUGAGAAUAGAAUGAGGACAAUGCAGAGAACAUUAAAUAGAUUCUUACCAUGAAUAUUUCCAUCUUACGGCAGUCUUCUCUAUUGCUUUUGUAUUGGUUUGUCUCUACUGUACCUUUUAUCUCCCCCAAUUGUACAGCACUGCUGAAUAGGUUGCUAGUAAUAAUAAUAAUUCACAGUUGUAGCUGGGUAAUCAGAGGUGCCUCACUAUAAAAAUCUGCAGAUUUUCAGAAAACUGGAAACAUCUGUUGUUUAAAUCCUUUCUGUGCAUGUAAUAAACUUUAUUGGGUCGCUCUAAAAAUUGCUACAUAAGCUUCAGGGGUCUGACAAUCUCUGCUCGCCACCUCCACUGCCCAGCAGUGUAACUCCCACUAAUCACUGGAGAGCUUGAUGUUACUUAGGGCUUAGCUCAUUGGCUGAGAGCAUCAGGUUAUCACUCUCACACAAAAUAAUUUGAUUCCUUAAAAUGGGAUACCCAAUGCACUCCUUCCACCAUAAUCACUACAGAAGUGCUGUAGUGGUUAUAGUGCUCGGAGUGUUUGUUAAAUGCUGAAUUAAAAGAACAUUUUAUAUAAAGGGAUGGUGCCAGCAGGUGUAACUCCCACUAAUCACAAGCACACCUGGGCAUGCAUGUCCUAGUUCUGCCCAAGAUCAUGGUCCUCAGACUGCGCAGAGAUCUGUGUAUAUUUACCCGUUUAUUUCAUACAUGUACAAGAAAUUUGAUACAUAAAAUAAGAAAGCAGUGAUUGCCUAUUUUAUGUACUGUGACAAUAACAACAUGACGUGAUGUUUUUAUUUCCACACAGUGAAUGAAUGGCUUCUCAAGUGAUAUGUACAACGAAGGACGUCACCUGUAAAUGGGUGCCUUGGAUUGACAGAACCUAGAAUGCGCCAAUCUCCAUUCACUUUUCUGGACAUGUACUUUAUGCCCUGUAUGUGGUGCCCAUCAUCUCACAACAAAGGAACGUGUGCUGCAAGAGAAACAUUGUAACAAAGGGCCAGACAACUUGACUUGUUAAAUCUGUCCCAAAACAUGCAAGGGGGCAGUGAUUUAAACAUUUUUGCGAACUCUCAAGUUAUUGAGUGUAAGACUUUUCGGCCUCUGUACAAGUUGCAUUGUUUAUAUGAAUCGCUUCGGACUCUUUCCAGUCGGAUUCGUAACUUUGCCCUGCGUUUCCACGAGUUUCCCAUUUUGGGGGGGGUAAAAAAAACAAAACCUCUAUACGUAUUGGAAUAUCACAACAAAUAAUGAGAAAAUACUUAUUUCUAGUAUAUCAUACUGUUUAUUCCAUCACGCAAGAUGACGAGCGAUAUAUGUAUUGUGUAUAUAUAUACAGAUAUAUAGAUAUAUAUAUAUAUAAAAAUAUAUAUAUAUUAUGAAAGAAUUUAAAGGACGUACAUUCAUUUAUUUCUUUUCAACAGCACCCUGAAUGAAUAGCAAUUUUCUUAUUCACCCAAAAACAUCCCUUUCAUCACAGUUUGAUAAUUUAUACCCUAAAUCUACGUCAAACAUGUUUUAUUUUUCUGCUAUUCAGAUAUUUAUUUUCAUUUCAUUCUUGUUAUGGCUGUCUGAAUUCUUAAUAUGCAUAUUUAUUCUUCUUAAAUGUUUAGAGCAAUUGUAUAAUUCGGUCAAUAUUUUUUUUAUUUUAUUUAACAGGAUAC